AUGGACUACCAAAACCGCGCGGGCUCCAAAUUCGGCGGCGGCGGCGUCGCCUCCCAAUCCGCAACCAACGCAGACCGCCGCGAACGCCUCCGCAAACUCGCGCUCGAAACCAUCGACCUCGAUAAAGACCCCUACUUCUUCAAGAACCACGUCGGCUCCUUUGAAUGCAGGCUCUGCUUAACCGUCCACCAGAACGACGGCUCCUAUCUCGCGCACACCCAGGGACGGAAACAUCAGACAAACUUGGCGCGGCGCGCUGCGAAAGAUGCGCAGCUAGCGAAGGGGAAGGAGGAUGGCGGAUACACCGGUGCGAACGCCGUGGUGGUCAAGAGGAACGUCGUGAAGAUUGGACGGCCGGGCUAUUCCAUCACCAAAACCCGCGAUCCCAUCACACGGCAAGAAGGACUCCUCUUCUCGCUCCAGUACCCCGAGAUCGCACAAGGUGUCGAGCCCAAAGUGCGCUUCAUGUCCGCGUACGAGCAGAAAGUGGAGGAUCCACCGGACAAGGCGUUCCAAUACCUGCUGGUGGCGGCCGAGCCGUACGAGACGUGUGGGUUUAAGAUCCAGGCGAGGGAGGUGGAUCGCAGGGAGGAGAAGUUUUGGACGUGGUGGGAUGGUGAUAGUAGGCAGUUUUGGUGUCAGGUGAACUUCAAGACGGAGCGGGAGGAGAGGUUUAGUGGCGUGCCAGGACUGUCGAGAAGAUGA